ACGUCAUAAGGCGUUUGCACGAGACGUAUAAAAGUGCAUUUAAAACUCUCGUUCCAUUUAGCGCGCUCAUUUAGAGAGAGAAACGAGAAUCAUGAGCAAGCCAAAAGUUUUCGUCACAAGACCCGACGUCCCCAAAGAAGGGAUCGAUCUACUUAAAGCAAAAUAUGACGUAGAAAUCUACGAUCAACACGCACCCAUCACCCAUGAAGCCUUAUUGAAAGGAGUGAAAGGUGUAGAUGCCUUAUAUUGUCUUCUUACUGACAAGGUUGAUAAAGAAGUAAUUGAAACUGCCGGACCUCAGCUGAAGAUAAUUGCAACGAUGUCCGUGGGUUACGACCAUAUUGAUAUCCAAGAAUGUAAAAAUAGAAAUAUUCACGUUACCAACACUCCCGAUGUUUCUACCGACUCCGUAGCAGAAAUGACAGUUACACUUUUGUUGGCUUCUGGAAGAAGACUGAUGGAUGCCGCUUCUGCAAUCAAAAAGGGAGAAUGGAUUUAUGCUUGGAGUCCUGUUUGGUUGUGUGGACAAGGCUUGACUGAUUCAGUUGUAGGCAUUGUUGGAAUGGGAAGAAUAGGACAAGCUGUGAUGAAGAGGCUUUUGCCUUUUGGUGUUAAAAAGGUAUUAUACUACGACGUCUUUCAUCCAAUUAAACCAGCCGAGGAUAUGGGAGCGCAAUAUGUUACUGUAGAAGAAUUAUUGAAACAGUCCGAUUUCGUCGUUGCAAUGUGCAAUCUUUCCGAUGAAACAAAAGAGAUGUUCAAUGCCAAAGCCUUCGGUUUAAUGAAACCUACGGCAGUUUUCAUCAAUACUAGCAGGGGAGGUGUAGUACAUCAAGAUGAUUUAUACGAUGCAUUAAAGAACGGAAAAAUCAGAGCUGCCGGAAUCGAUGUAACUGUACCAGAACCUCUACCUUCGGAUCAUAAAUUAUUGACUCUACCGAACCUAAUUGUUACUCCACAUGUUGGAAGCGCAGAGAUGUCUGCUAGGAUUAAGAUGGCCACCAUGGCAGCUGAAAAUAUUAUUAACGUCAUAGAAGGAAAACCUCCUAACACUCCAAUUCGCAUGCCAUAAGAAAACUAUGCCUUAAUUUCUCGCUUUGAGAAUGCAUUUAUUGUUAAAACAUGUCAUCAGUUAAAUUGUUGAAAAAUCUACCCUAUCGUGUUAGUAAAUUUGAAUCAAAAGAAAAAUCUUUUUCUAUAAUUCGAUGUUCUGUCACAUAAUAAAAUUUACCUCAUAUAGAUUAUUUUCAAUGCUAUUGAUUCAGCAUUUUAAAAAAAUAUAUUUCAUGUAAUACAUCACGUAUCAAUUUAGAAACUUUUUUAUUUAGAUGCACGUAAAAUGCAUUAAACCUUUCACUUUAAAUUGCUAAGAAUGAGAUUAUAUUAGAACUUUGACCGUCCAUUUGUCCGUGUGUAUUAAUUUAAUAUCUAGAAAAUCAUUUCAGAUAAAAACGUUAAAGUUUAAAAUUAAUUUUAACCACAAAUAAUGUAAGAAUUUUCAUAUCUUUUGCUGAAAAAUUGAAAAUGUACAAAAUUAAUUAAAUAUUUUCUAUAAUAUAUUUAUUGGAUUUUAGGUAUGUUUUUAAAUUGUUUAAUAUUGAAAUUAUUUUAAAGAAAUUUGAAGCUCUGACUUGAUUACUACUUUUAUGAUUAAUGUUUAAAUCACCAACUUUUAGUGGUCACUAAACUGUUAUUUUAAAAAGCAAUUUUACUAGGACUAUUCUGCAAAGAUUGAACAAACAAAUUUUCAAAGUUAAAAAUUCUGAAUUUGUAGGUAAAAAGAAUUGUGAGAAGAAAAUACUUCAGGAAUCUUAAGUAAUUUAUAACUUUUUGUGCAAUAUAUUAUUGAAAUUUGAUAAUAUAUCCGUGAAGAGAGGUAUACUCUAUAUUCAUUCAAUGAGAAUUUUAGACGAGUAAAGGCCGUUUUUCAAAGAAAAAUUCAUUUUAUGCUUUUUUUCAAACACUAAAUAAUGCUAAAAUGUCUUUUCGAAAUUUUAAUUUUUUGUAAUAAUAAAUCAUUUCGUUCCAUUUGAUAAGUUUUAAACGUUUAUAUUCACCUUUCCUAUACAUAAUUUUUUUUAACAUUUUAAUAUACAAAAUAUCUAUGAAAUGUUUCUUAAAUAGAAAAUUCGGAUAGGUCCUAUCUGAAUUUCCAUAAUCAGAAAUUGAGUCUUCAAGGCUGAUGUAAGGUUAAACUUCUAUAUAAUAUCUGAGAAAUAUAGGAAAAUUUUAUAUAUAAUUUUUUUCUAAAAUAACAAUUGUCGGUGCAUAUGGAGAAUUAUUUUUCAUUUUUCUUCAAAAAAUAAACUUAGAAAAAUUUCGAAAAAACUCCAAUGAUGUAGUCUUUCAAAAGCAAACCUCAAAAAGUGUUUUCUCAAUUGGAAAAUCUUUUACAAUUUAAACAUUUGUAUGAAUAGAAAGAAAAUAUUUGACUUUAAAUUAUUAAAUUUUAUUGGUUUAUAACUGACAUUAUUAGAAAAACUACGUUUUUGUUAUUUUUUUAGAUAAAGUAGCUCAGAAAUAAUUUGCACCAGUGUGAUGAUGCAUUUUUUUUACAUUAUAAUUAUGAAAAAAUUGCUGAAAUUUUACUACAAAUCACAUAUUUUGUAAUGACAGGAUUAUUAAAAA